CUGUGACCUGGUCCCAGACUGUCAGUGACUGUGUUGGCCUCCCCGCAGGGCGACCGGGACCCAGAACCGUUUGGCUUUGAUGGUCCCCCAGCUGGACUGGGCCAGCAUCCAUGUUCCGGAGGUCCAGUCCGACAUGCCCAGGCUCCCAGUUCAAACCAUGCAGCUGCUCACCAGUGAACAACUGCAGUGCCUGGGGUUGCCGAAUCUGAGUAAAAGCUGCUACUUGAAUGCUGCAAUUCAGUGUAUGCUGAGGAUGGGGGGCUUUUGCCAGCAGCUCUUGCAACAGCAGCACAUCUGGAGGAACAAUCCAGCCGCCGGCCUGCUCAGGUGCUUUGUUGACGUCAAGGUGGCCAGAUUUGGCCACCAACCGGCGUACAAACGCAUCGUCCUUAAGGCUCUGCUUGACUGCGUGGCUGAGGAGGCAGACGAGUUCCGGGAUGGCGGCCAGAAGGACGCCCACGAGUUCUUCUGCGUCACUGUGGCCCAGAUGGCAGCUCUGGCCCCCCUCCUGGAGGGAGGGGCAUGGGGCGGAGGGGCGUACACCUGCCCUGUCCGCACCAACCUGCUCUUCCAGAUGCUCAGCACGAGGACUUGCAGGCAGUGUGGACUGCAGUCCUCCAGACAGGAGGAGUUCUCCAACUUGUCUCUGGCCCUGACGGCCGGGAGCUCCGUCGAGGCCUGCCUGCAGCAGUACCUCCAGGAGACUGAACUGGAGUUUCGCUGCAGCUGUGGAGGAUGCCGCUCAGGACUGCGGUGGUCGUUCCUGACCCUGCCCCAAGUGAUCGUGUUCCAGUUGAACCGAUUCUGUCACGGCGCACAGUGGCAGCUGGAGAAGUUGGAGGAGCCCAUUCUUCUCAGCAGGGAGCUGCUGCUCUGCUCUGGACCGAGCGGCGACAAGGCACUACCCAGCAGGGCUGCCCAGGAGCAGGGCCAGACUCCUGGGGGCCAGGGACACACCCAGGAGCAGGGCCAGACUCCUGGGGGCCAGGGAGACACCCAGGCCGGGACAGGGGUCACCCAGCUGACCAGCCCUCAUGCCUCAGAGCUCAAGGUACAGCCUGGUCAGUGUGUUGAGUCACAUUGGUUCUUCUACCAACUCGGGCCACUACAUCUGUGACUGUCACUACGCAGACGGGGACCCCGACGACCCGACAGACCGCUGGCUCUCCUACAACGACCACAUCGUCACGGAGACGACCGGCGAGUUAGUCUGCGGGCGCAGGCAGAGGAGCUCCUACAUGCUGUUCUACGAGAGACGGUAGAGCAGACGCGCCUGACAGCCGUCCUGCGCCGGAUCCGCCCAGCGAAGGAUCCACCGCGCGACGGAGGCGUGGGGAUGUGAAACCAGGGACUGUGCGAGCUGCUCCAGAGACACGGCUGGCCCCCUGUCUGCAGCAUGCCAGUCUAGCCUCAGGAGGAUAGGCUGCCCCCCCAAGGGCCCGGAUCCUCUCAAGGUUUCUCCCCCAUGAGGGAGUUGUUCCUUGCCGCUGUCGCCACCAUUUUUGGCUUGCCCUCGGGGGGGAUUUUUGAAAAUAAAUGGUUUCACCUUCUCCGCUCUCAUGUGGUUGGCAUUGUGGUUGCGGCCAUGCCUCCAGGAAUUUGCGAUGUUGCGAAAUUCAAUGAUUCCCUGCGAAUUCAGCACAACGUUGCAAUUUUAACCAAUCACCGCAAUUUUCCCGCAACUUUGACCAAUCAUCAUCGUCUCCCACAACUCUCUCCAGUUGGCGUUAAAUCCAGUGUUCCGUCUGAAUGCAUUCAUCGAACGAAAGUUCAUGAACUUUUUCAUAAUUUUGGUGAACGUGAACUGAACGCACUGUAUUACUGCCUGAUGAACGAUACUGUGAACGCGUUCAUUCUGGUGUCUGCGAACUCUUUCACUCUUUAAUUUCGUUCAAUAAGGUCCCAGAUUUCUAGAGACUUCCAGGAGAAAAACACUGUUAACAGUCAUGUAUCCAGGGUUGCCCAACCAGUCAAUCGCUGCGUGUGCUUUCUUCUACUGUCUAUGCCUGGCAAGCGUGAGAGCGCCUAAGUUGCGUAGAGGCCGAGAGCGGUAUUGCAUACAGAUAAAGAUUUCAAUCUAUUAAAAAAAGGGAGAUUCCUCCCUUCAUGCAAAUGUAAAUCCUAGUUGGAUAAGGAUAACAAUUUGGAUAUGAUGAAAAUUGGCAUGUUGGUAAGGUUAUUUAGGGGACCAUUUCUCAAUGGUUUUUAGGGUGACCAGAUUUGAGUUUGUGAAAAAAAGGACACUGCCUCGCGUCGAAGUAGUCCGGGUAGUGCUGGUCGUGUAUUGCAUGACGCACUAUCUCAUUAAAAUGACAGUUCUCUCAACAGUCAGUGCUCGCGCAAGAAUGUGGAAUGUAAGGGAGAUACCCUUUCCAAAACUUGUAAGGGCGUAAUAGUUUGUGAAAGACCCAGAGAAACACA